CGUGAGCAUGUCUCGCCCCUCUCCACCGUAAUGCUGGAUCUGCCUGCUUUUCUGUUGCGAACCCUACCUCCAUUCAUCCAUUCAUUUAUUCAUGUAGAGUUUGUGUUUUCCCUUUUUCCUUUCUCCGCCGUAUAAUGGACCGCAGUCAUGGCCUUCCUCCCGUACCCCGGUCUGAGCCUGUUUUCCCACCCUCGUCGCAAGAGAUACCUUCCUCGCCGCCCUCAAUAGCGUCCGAUGCUGGCAUCCGACGCAAACAAAGGAAGCCUCCCCCGGUCACGCCACGGUCAUUCAGGCGUUUCUUCACGCCUCGUUCUAUGCUCAAUGGCGUUGGAGCCGAUGAGAGUGUUAAGACGAAUCGUCAAGCAUUGAAAACCCUAAGCUCGCCGGCUAUUAAUCGUCUCGGGCCCGCGUUUACCAAAACAGCAAAAUUUACCAGCAGCAGGGUGGUUGAACAUGACGUGUCAGGUCCUCCCAAGACGCCAAGCAGGAAGAGAAAACAUUCGUUUUCGUCGGUCGCCUCCCCACUGCAGUCGUCGCCAUUGAGGAAAGUUCGCAUCCGGGCACCAAUACAUGAUGACAGGGAGUUGGAUGUGCCCGUUCGAGAUCUGGGGGUCGAUUGCAAGUCACAGCCUGAGGUCAGGCAAUGGAACAGCCCUUCAAAGCCUUUGCACCCUGUGCCGCUUAUCCGUCGGUCUGCUGCGUUGCAGACUUCGGGGAAUCUUUACAUGCGUAGCGUAAUGGGAUCCAUGAUGCGCCGAACUACGAUACGCUCGAACUCUGGCACCGGGUGGCAGGACUUGACAUCCAACUUCUAUUCUCGCCCAGAAGACAGUCAUUCUUGCACGAGCCAGUCAGGGGACCGUCUUGCCCUGCCAUUCUGCACUGCGUCAUGCAAUACCAACUCGCUUGUCGCGGUAGGAGACGAAGAAGGGGGAAUUCGGUUGCUGGACUCGUCGAAGGAUGACAAGAGCGGAUUUUCUAAAGCAUACCUCUCUUUUCGGCCUCACAAGAACGCUCUCAUGGAUCUCGAAUUUUCUUCUGAUGACAUGUUACUGGCUACUGCCUCGGGGGAUCAAACCGCGUUGGUGAUCGACAUGGCUACGCAAACACCGAUAUACUGUCUAGCAAACCAUGCCUCCUCUGUCAAACGAGUCCAGUUCCAGCCUGCUUCCAAUGAUAAGGUUCUGGCAACUUGUAGCCGCGACGGCAACGUCAACAUCUGGGAUCUGAGAUGCAAGGGGUUUGAGAAGCCUGCCCUGCAGGUUCGGUGCUCACUUGAAUCUGAGUCUGAGGACGCCUUAGACGUGAUGCCUUCCAAGAUGAUAUACCCCCAGGUUUUGAAUACCAUCUACGGAGCCCAUGCAUGGGGGCUACCCCAGACGGCAGCGGUCGAUAGAUCGGAGCCUCAGAUUGGUCGCUCCGAUAUCACAGUGACUUCUCUCAGCUUCCUACACCCAGGGCGAGAGAAUCUGUUUGUUACUGCAUCGGAAUCCAGUGCCUGUAUCAGACUGUGGGAUAUGCGGACCGCACACAGUAGUCGCCGCAACCGACCGGUGCUCCCUCUUUCCACGACUCGAGAGCCAGAAAGCCACUUGAAAUAUCGUCGUUUUGGACUUACAUCUAUGGCGCUUAGCGGUGACGCCUCGCGGCUAUAUACGUCUUGUCGGGACGGCACUGUCUACGCCUAUUCCACCUCCCACUUGAUCCUCGGAAAUGCCCCAGAACUAUCACUAAACAAUACUCGUCCUCGGUGGUCUGGCGGAUCCGACAAGGAAGGUCUGGGGCCGCUGUACGGAUUUCGCCAUCCUCGGCUGCGAAUCACUUCCUUCUACGUUAAGCUUGCGGUUCGAAAAGCAGCGGGAGACAGGGCCGAAAUGCUAGCUGUCGGAAGCACCGACCACUGUGCAGUCCUUUUCCCGACGGAUGAGAGACUCCUCCACUCUUCUGUCUCGAAACCAUCGGUCGAUGAGGAUGCGACGACCCCCGCCCUCCCUAGACUACGAGCCCCUCUCCGGCGCACCAACUCUGGAAUCGGUGCUUCCGGCCGCCUCGAGGACACCAUCCCGAUUUUCCAGUCGGGCACGGCCUUAGUCGAAGGCCACCAGAAGGAGGUCUCGUCCGUGUCGUGGACGAAUGAUGGAGAGCUCAUCACCGUCAGCGACGACUACAGCGCUCGAUGUUGGCGCGAAGGACCCGACGCAAGAGAUCUCCGUUCCGGCGGAGAGGCCGAAGGUCGACGCUGGCUUUGCGGCUGGGCAGAUACGAAGGACUCCUACGAUGACGAGGAUGACUGAUUUUUCUUCCCCCCCUUUUUUUUCUCUUUUUCUUAUCAUAUUGUUUUCUGCAUUAUGCAUUCCAAGGUGUCUGGGCAUGUUAUCUAGCGAAUAUUUCUUUUUUCUUGUAUGAGGUUUACUUUGAUUGUAUUUACAUAGCGACGAGCAUAGCAUGCAUAGCAAGAGUCUUUUUUUUUUUUUUUACAGAGAUCAUCUAUCUUAUUGCAUUC